AUGACGGUAACGCUGAUCAAGAGGAUGAUCAAGAAGUUGAAACGCCUAAAUUUUGACGACGAAAGCGAUCAAGAGAAUCUGUCCACCGCCAUGCCGGACCCGAACACAGAUUUCUCCGCUCAAAUUCGAGAACUCCAACAACAGCUCGAGGCACUUCGGACAAACGUUCCUGCGAACAGAGAUGAGACGCCGCGAACGCACACACGUGUUACCGUGCAUUUGCCAAAAUUCACACACAACAGCCCGCACCUGUGGUUUGCUCAAGUGGAGCGAUCAUUCCGUUUGCACCACAUUGUCGACGACACUGACAAGUUCGACUUGGUGACACUGCAUUUGGAAGAAGAUGUGGUUUUGGCUGUGGAGGAUUUGGUCACUCGUCCACCGGCAGGCAACAAGUACGCAGCAAUCAAAACUCGCUUGCUGCAAAAGUUCGCUGAAUCGCCCGAGACAAAACUGCGACGACUACUUCAAGGAGGAGGUGCCACCGGAUUAAAGCCUUCGGAAAUCUUGGCAAAUAUGCGACGCUUGGCCCCGGAUCCUGAGAUGCCAGCCUCCAUUCGUCCGCUGCUCACCGUAUGGGAUGAGUCGGACUUGGACAAGCUUGCGAAGAUUGCAGACAAAAUGCUCGAAGCCGUUGGCACGAACGCCUCGUUUGCCAUCGGCACAUCUUCAACUGCUGUUCCUCCAGCAAAUCCGGCUAUCUGCGCAGUUGCCCCUGCAGAUCCUUUGAAAGAACUUUCUGACAAUUUACGUUCGCUCAUGCAAGAUGUCACAGCAUUGAAAGAGGAUGUCAAGUGCAUCCAAUCACGCAACCGAUCACGCAGUUCAUCUCGUGGCGCCAGACCAGCGGACAAUUCCGGUCAACAGACUUCAGGAGCACAGGAAAAUCUUUGUUUUUACCACAAGCGCUUUGGUGACAACGCAAAUAAAUGCCGACCACCCUGCGCACGCUCCACGUCGUUAAACUAG